AGAAGAGGCGAUGCUGCCAUGGGACGAGGAACCAGUUGACUCGCUUCCUUGGGAGACUGAUGGUCCAUCCGAAUUAUUGCCUAAGGAAGAGUCUCCGGAGCAACCCCAGGAAAUAGCUUCGGAGCCACCUCUGGCGCAAUCGAUGGAAAAGGUUGCAGAGCAGUCUUUGGAACAACCUCAAAAGGAGAUUUUUCCAUGGGACGCUGAGUCCAGCGAGCCGCUGCCUUGGGAAGACCCCAAGGAGCAAGAUCCUCUGCCGUGGGAAGCAACUCCUGGCCCUGGAUCUGGAAAUGAAGCAAACGCGACUCAGAGGGUUCUGGACUCAACUGGUGUUGAAGGUGCUGAGGCUCCAAAAAAUGUCCCGUCCGUCGAAAAUAGCGACUUUAUGAGGAACGUACAGGAAGAAAAGCUUCAGGAGGCUAUUGAACAAGAUAUGACAGCAACCGGGAAACCAUCUGAGCCAGAAGAGGCAGCAAAGCCACAGGAAAAGCAACAUAUAGAGCCCAAGCUGGAUGACAAGUUGAGUUUCCUCGAGGAAGAUAACGAGCUCUUGCUGGACGAAGUUCUAGACGACGAUUUUUUGGAUGAUGAGCCGUCUUCCGCGCAAGUUACCAUCCCCGUUUCUCAGACACCUGCCCCUGGAUUGUCAAGACAAUCGCCUACUCCGGCAUUUGCAUCACGGUAUGCCCCACAGGGGUUCCAGACCACUUCACCACCGCCUGCUGUUCUGACACCCUCGUACACAAACUUCCAAGCUCCAUCGUUACAGCAGUCCCAUAUCAAGGAGAAACUGGAAAAGGAGAAAAAAAAGACGGACGCAUACGAUUUCCCUGCAGAACUGCUAGCCAAGCACGCUCCUGUCUCGAAAACGCCGGCUCCAAAGCAGAAUGUGUAUACUAUGAUCGAGCUUCAAAAAAGCCACGCACACAAUCCAGCCUCGCCGGCCUCGCAGUCAAAACCUCUGCCUCCACGGGCUGGCAGUGUCUCGUCGACUCGUUCAACGUCUCCACCUGGAAGAGCUACACUCAAACCACAAAAGAGCUUUUUUGAGGAGCUCCCGCUGCCAAGCAUUGCAACCCCUUCCUUGCAUCCCAAAAAUCCAUACCAACCAAAAUCACCUGCACUUUCACGAGCUAGUCCUUACUCUCCUGUACCUGCCAACGCGCAGCUAGCCGGCGUUAAUCAACCUCCAGCAGGCGCUGCUCAUCCUCCACCUCCUGUUGGUGGUCGGCCAAGAAAGUCUACCAAUCCGUAUGCGCCAGCUGAGGCCGGAGGGCACGCGAGAACGCCAUCUAAUACUCCCAAU